AUGGUCGAUGCAGCUGUAGUGACAAUCUCAGAGCAGCUUCUGCCCCACAGCCAUUUCCAGCAUGAAGAUCACUGAGGGUCUCCUUCUGCUCUGUACAGUGGUCUAUUUCUGUAGCAGCUCAGAAGCUGCUAGUCUGUCUCCAAAAAAAGUGGACUGCAGCAUUUACAAGAAGUAUCCAGUGGUGGCCAUCCCCUGCCCCAUCACAUACCUGCCAGUCUGUGGUUCUGACUACAUCACCUAUGGGAAUGAAUGUCACUUGUGUACCGAGAGCUUGAAAAGUAAUGGAAGAGUUCAGUUUCUUCACGAUGGAAAUUGCUAAAUUCUCCAUGGACAUAGAGAGAAAGGAAUGAUAUUCUCAUCAUCAUCUUCAUCAUCCAAGGCUCUGACUGAGUUUCUUUCAGUUUUACUGAUGUUCUGGGUGGGGGACAGAGCCAGAUUCAGAGUAAUAUUGAUUGAAUGGAGAAAGUUUCUAUGCUACCCCCACAAACGCAUGCCUCACUGACAGACCAGCUUUUUUUUUUAACACGUCAAUAAAAAAAAAUCUCCCAGAAA